ACAGGUACGAGGCUGGUGAAGAGAGAGAUAAAGAGAAAAGGGAUGAAAAAGCGAGACAGAAGUGAACGGAGGAGGAGAAAGAGAAAACUGUGAGAAGUGAAGGAAAACAAAAUCCCACCAAUGAGGAGAUCAUGGGGGUUCAACACUACUGGCUGCUGUUGUUGUUGGUCGACUGCCGUAAAUGGAUUACAGGUGCUGUGAGUGACAUCAGUCCAUAUAUAAAGCAUUAUGAGGGUUUGUCAUACGACAGGGAGGAUCUUCACAGGAUGCACUUGAGAGCCAGGAGAGCCACACAACCUCAAGAUUACACAUUGCUGCUGGAUUUUACUGCUUUUCACAGAACUUUCCGCCUGCGGUUGAAACGAAAUGCUGCAGCGUUUUCCCAAAAUUUCAUGGUGGCCAGUGAAAAUGGUUCAACAUCAGCUGACCUCUCCCACAUUUACUCAGGGAUACUAGAAGGUGAACAUGGUUCAGCCUGCCACGGUUCUGUAUUAGAGGGUCAAUUUGAGGGAACCAUCCACACAGACAACGGGACUUAUCACAUAGAGCCGGUCCAUAGAUAUACCAGCAGCCAAACAGAUCACCACUCUAUAAUCUACCACGAGGAUGACAUGGUCCUGCCACCCACGGGACCUGGCCCUGUUGGAUUCUGUGGUGCAGAGCAUCUAAACGUCCUCGCCCAAAGCCUCAAACCCAAUGAGGAGGCAAUAGCGAGCCGGUCCAGGAGGACAGUGGAUGAGUCAAAGACUACCUGCCUGCUCCACCUCCAUGUUGACCACCUCUACUACAAGAAGUUCAAGUCUGUGGAAGCAGUUGUGGCUCAGGUUGCUUCCUACAUGAGAGCUGUGAAUGACAUUUGUGACAAGGUGGACUUCGAUGGGAUCAAGCUGAUCAACUUCAAAGUCAAAUCCCUCAGUGUGGCAACUGAGGAGGAUAAAAACGAUCCUCUGUAUCCUCUGUAUAUUGGGCCCGAGAAGCUAUUGAGCCUGUACUCUGAGAACAACUGGGGCAACUUCUGUCUGUCUUACCUGCUCACUAACAGAGACUACAGCGGAGUGCUAGGACUCGCUUGGGAGGGCAAAGCUGGCAACUGGGGAGGGAUAUGUUCUAAACCCACCACCCUGCGUAACGGCCAGACCUCCACCCUGAAUACAGGUCUGGUCACAAUUCAGAACUACGGACAGUUCCUGCCUCCUCGACUCGUCCAGCUAACCCUUGCUCACGAAUUGGGCCACAGCCUGGGAUCUCCGCAUGACGAGGACUCUAACUGCGGGGAUCUCGGCUCCAGUGGUGGUAAAGGCAGGUACCUGAUGUUCCCUCACGCCACAGACGAGGUGCGUGAAAACAAUGACAGAUUCUCCCCCUGCAGCAUCAAACACAUCAGCGAGAUCCUCAAGACGAAGAAGGAUGACUGCUUUGUGGUCAGUGAUCAGCCCAUCUGUGGAAACCAGAUUGUAGAGGAAGAUGAGGAGUGUGAUGUCGGUCACAACGACACAGACCUCUGCUGCUACAGCGCUAAAGAGCUGUCGGGCGUCCAGUGUCGCCUCAAGCCUGGUAAAGCCUGCAGUCCGAGUCAGGGCCUGUGUUGCGGUCAGGACUGUGGGUUUAAGCCGGCUGGUGAGACAUGUGAUGAAGAGACGGACUGUCAGAGAGAGAGUAUGUGCUCAGGCCUCUCGCCGCUCUGCCCCAAGCCAAACCCCAAGGAAAACCUCACCGUCUGCAGUAAGGGCACGCGCGUCUGCCUGAACGGGGUCUGUGCUGUAUCUGUGUGUGUGAAGCACCACCUGCAGCAGUGUGACUGUCCAGGAGACUGGAAAGAGAAAUGCUACAUGUGCUGCCAGCAGCCUGAUAAGCCCGAGACAUGUGCCAGCACCACCUCCUCCGUAUUGUCUCGCCACUUCCAGAAAAAAAUGUUGCCGCUGGUCGGCGGUGCACCCUGCUCUGGAAACCGAGGUUACUGCGAUAAGUUCCAUGUAUGUCGCCUGCUGGAUGCAGAUGGCCCCAUCGCAAGACUGAAAAACUCCUUUCUCCAUUUCGAUGACUUCGAUGAUGUAGCAGAGUGGAUGAAGGCUCACUGGUGGGCCAUCCUGCUGGCUAUCCUGACUCUGUCUGCAGUGAUGGGCUGCACCGUCUGCCUCUGCGGCCGCACGCUCGACACCAGUGACAUGGAGUGACCUCUUACGUAUGAUCCCUUUCACCUCUAGGAAUAGCACUAUCUUCACAAUGACACAGAACUUCAGUUAGAUCAGGGAUCUGGAGUCUGGGAUUUUGAAGUGUCACAGCCACAGGAGGAGAUUCCUUUAUUUCAAUUUUGUCCCACAUGUCAAACAGUGAGUGGUUUGCAAGUGAAGACACACCUGCUCAACGCCUCUCACAUGCGUCUCACUCUGUUUCGUUAACCGAUAUUUUUAUUUGUCAUUUCUUUUCCGUGUAUGACUUAUCUGUUCACAUGUCAACAAGUGACGAGAGUGCUCUACAGCGUGAUGCAUGUGUUGUGGAAAACCUGUCAGUGUUCAGUCAGUCCCCUCAAAGGGGCCACAUGCUGCAGCAGUACACUUACGGUGAUUUAAAGCCAUCUGUCCCUACAAAGACUGGUGCAGCUUACCCUUCUGUGUCCUUGCUGUUGUGUUUGCACUUGAGGGCUAAUUUCAGCCGUGAUGAACAUCCAGCUUUCCAUCACAGUGACACGAUCAAUUUUAGUAUCAUCACAAGAGGAUGAGAUAAGUGAGGGUUGGUUGUCCUCUUGAUAGAUAGAUAGAUAGAUAGAUAGAUAUACUUUAUUAAUCCCCGUGGGGAAAUUCGUUGAUAGAGCCUUUGGCCUAAAUACUGUCAUUUGCAUUGCAAUGUUUGAAAAGGAAAGAGAUACUGAUGUUUAAGAUAAUAAAGUGACAGUAAACAUGUUUCUCAUCUCAAUGUGUCAUUGUUUACCGUUUACGAUUCACAGUGGUGAUAAGUAACUUUUACUUAGGUUUUGUACUUUUGUGCAAUUUCGAGGUACCUGUACUGAAAUUCACUUCACUUUAGAGAGACAUUUUGUACUAUUACACCACAAUGUUUAAUUGAUAACUAUAAUUGAAAAUUACUUUCCAUAAAAUGCAAACAUGAGAAUUUGCAUAAAAACACACUUUAGUCACAUUUCUAUAAGUUCUAUGAAAUGUCCAUUUCUUCUCUAAACUUCUAAGCUUGUUUCAUUUUUGAGGUCCAAAGCUGUGUAAUAAUCCAAAUUUCACAGAAACAGUAAAGAUUAGAGACAAGUCCAAAAAUGUAAUCCAAUCUAGUGAAGCAACAUUUUCUUAUUUCUAACUGGGAGCCACUGGACUAAACAUCUAACUGUAUAAAAGGUAGUGCAUUUAACUGAUAAUACUGCUGUAUUUUUACUUUACUUACUUGCUGUAUUUUUAAUUUUGUUUGCAGGAAUUUUACUUUUACAUUGUUAUAAUGGUACGUUAAGUAAAGGAUGUGAACGCUUCCACCACUAAUGACUUACAUGUAAUAACUAAAUGGCAUAUUUGGUGAUUAAUCGAAAGCCGGCUUUGCGUUUUGCAGGUGUUCUUAUUCAGUCUCAAUCUCCUGGGUCACCUUGACACAGUCAGCUAAACACAAUGUUGCCACA